AGUAUCGGCGUCGACGAAUCGGGUUGCAAAGAAACCAUCGAAAGUGGUCGAUCGGUUCAAGCCGGGGUUGGAUUCUUUUUCUACUCGAGGCCGGCAGGUGCAAUCGCCUUCACCCGCGGAUAUUAUUUCUGUCAACGUUGGCCGUGUUUAUCCGCAUACAUAUUUGACGAACUCCUCUCCCGAGCAGGUCCAACGUCUAGGCCGGCGGUGGCGUGUUACCUGAAGAAGCAAUCUCUGUCCCAUGAAAUAACAUUUAGGCUGGACCUGCCAUGCCCGCUACGUCCACGUUUGUCUACAGGCAAGGGUUCCUUUUCCAAGGAGAUAGCAUUACGGUUUUGGUAGGGAGCAAAGGAUACGGGAGUGUGAAAAAUAAUUUCCUGCCGUUGAUAUGUGGCGGAUUGGAAGAGGAGAAAAGUCCUGGGCCGGGGGAUAUCAAAAUAUUGUUCGAGGGUUGCUUAGGGUAGCUCCGCAUUCUCGCGCGAUAUAGCAGCCAUACUGAGACUAAAGUGGAUGGUUAUUGCCCUCAACCUGACCGCACGGAAUGCUCGUCUAUUGCUCACGGCCAAUGCUUCUUAAACUAUCACUGACAACUUAUUGCUCCAGCGAAUCUUAAUCAUCCUAAAUU